AGAAAUGAGAAAACCGAACGGUCAUGUGUCAACGUAACCUGCGUCGGCGGCAUCGGCACGGUCGAGCUUAGGAGCAGCAGCAGCAGCAGCAGCAACGCCGCCUCUUCAGUAAUUAACCAAACAAAAUGGACACCGAGAUAACAAUUGAGCGAAAACCCGUCUGAUUGUUUCGCAUAAAAAAGGAUCGACGCUCUCUCAAAAAGUGACUCACCCAGCCAUCGCUCCAUUUACACUUGCCGCACAUUUUCCGUACAACGAGAAGACACAGAGAAGAAGCAAUGAUGGGAACGCUAAUGGUAUUAGAAGAAACUGUUCAAUACUCCCACAAGCCCGACAAGGAGGCGAAGAGUCGUGCAGCGUAAAGACAUGGACUCGUACGACUUAUUUGGCGAAGAUGUCAGUGGAUCGAUGCUCGAUGCUCUUCCUGACCUCGGGGGGAAUGAUCACUUUGACCCGACAGCAGCAAGCAAUUCUGUCGUAGUGUCGAGGGAUGGUCCGAAUCCCGGCCCCAAUGGAGGAGGGAGUUACAUUAACCAGUCGUACGGCAUUAACCAGGAAUCUCCGUUACAAAAAUUAACGUCCUUCGGUGGAUCUGAAUUUGGCGGCACUAACCCCUUGCAGAACCCAGCGGCGCAGCAGCGCGGCAUGUUUAACCAAAAUCUCGGGACGUUCGAGGCGGGUCCCGGAGCCGGGGCUGGCGGGCCCCAACGCGGCAUGGUAUCGGGGCCUGGGCCCGGACCCGCCGCCUUCCAAGCCCAGGGCAGGAGCAUCGGUCCCCCCGGGCCCGGGCCCCAGCAGCGGGGCCCACCCCAAGGACCCCACCCCGGUCAAGCCGCCCAGUACCCGGGCUACUCGGACAGCAUGUACUCGAUGGAGCAGCAGCACCCGAUGGCCCGGGCCAACAUGGCCAUGGAUCCGAGCAUGCAGGCCUGGCCAGCCCAGAGUAGCGCCUAUCCCCAGAUGCAAAGGCACUACAACCAAAUGAUACCCCAGCCGGCGACCUAUAGGCAGCACAUGCCCCAAUACGGUCACCAGCAGGAGCAGCCGAGCAUGAGCCAAAAAAUGCAGCAGCAACAACAGCAGCAGCAACAGCAGCAACAGCAGCACUUUUCCGCGCAGCAGGGCAUGAUCGGGGGUAUGGGUGUACCGCACCAAGGAAUACAGCCCGGGGCCAACAGUGGCGCCUAUCAGCACAUGGUCGGCCAGCAGCAGCAACACUAUCAGCAGGGAGGCGCGGCUUCCAUGUAUGGUGGCUCUUCGAGCUACUUGGGCUUCGGUCCAUCAAUGCACCAGCAGUCACAGCCGCCUCAGCAGCAACCCCAACGAAUGCCUCAUCAUCAUCCGUCCCACUCGACCCAUCAAACGCAUCCCUCGCAUCAGCAGUACCCUCCCUUGGGUCAACAUACACAGCAGCACACACAGCAUUCUGUACCACAGCAGCCACAGCAGCAACCUAUGGAUCCUCAGUAUCCUCACCAUUCGUCACAAAUGUUCAAUCAGCCACAGCAUCCUGGCCCCACACCUCAGUACGGGCCUACGAAGCAUGCUACGAGCCCUCAGUAUAGGGCAUCAUUUCCUCAAUCGUCUCCUCAAAUGUCUCCCAGACCUCAAAUGUCUCCUAGGCCACCAGCUGUGCAACAGCAGAUGUCUCCCAGACCUAUAAUGUCUCCGGCCAAGCCCAGCACGCUGUCGCCUCAUCCACAUGUACAGCUCCCUCAUCAACAGCAGCAGCCUCAACCGGUGUCCGUGUCUCCUUGCCCGACAACUUCGAUGCCUAUAAGCUCUGCCGCUUCGACACAGCAAACAACACUUCAAGCCCUCGAACAAAUGGUGAUACCAGGCGUCUCGGUUUCGAAUCCGAACGUACCUUCACAAGACUACGGCCAAUAUCAAUCGCGGCCACCAAUGUCUCAUCCACCAAAUAUCUUACCGCAGCCAGCAACGCAACCUCCUAUGGGCCCAGUGGCAACGGGGCCACGCAUGCCAAUGCCAUCGCAAUGGCCACCGUCGCAACAUCAGCCCCAGCCUCAAUCCCAGCCCCAGCCUCAACCCCAGCCUCAACCCCAGCCUCAACCGCAGCCACAAGCCCCGCCACCACAGCCACAGCAACCACAGUCGCAACCCCCGCAAAUCAGGCCACCAAUGAGCCUAAACGACGGACGAAGUAUAAUGGAACCGCUUCAGCAACAGCAGCCAGCGCCACAGCCUCCACCACCACCAGUCGUAUCCGAGCAAAGCGCUCCAUUAUAUCCCAUUAAUGGAAACGAAAGUAUUCACAAUGUCGUGGAGACGACGUCAAGGGACACCACGGAAAUCGUUCAAAGUUCCGUUCACUCUCUUCCACAUCCACCACCUGUUCCAGAGACUGAAAUACCAGAUCAAUCAAUGGCUCAUCAACAGCACCAACAGCAACAGCAGCAUCAUCAGCAGCAUCAGCAACAGCAACAAAUGCAUCAACCGCAUCAUCAACAGCAACAAAGCCAACAAAAUCAAAUGAUGAAUAGUCAGGAUGUAAUGAGUCAACAGCAACAGCAGCAACAGCAACAACCGCAUCAUCAACAGCAACAAAGCCAACAAAAUCAAAUGAUGAAUAGUCAGGAUGUAAUGAGUCAACAGCAACAGCAGCAACAGCAACAGCAGCAGCAACCGCAGCAGCAGCAACCGCAGCAGCAGCAACAGCAGCAGCAGCAGCAGCAGCAGCAACAGCAGCAGCAGCAGAGAGAAAGCCCUAUUCACAAUAGCCCUCAAGUCAAUACGUCGAUGGAAGCUGUAACCAUAAAUCCAACGCACAUCGAACCCGUACAAUCAUUACCCGCUACCAGUACCAGUAAUAAUGUCGAAUGCGGCAGUGUAUCGCCAAUAUUGCAACAGCAACAGCCAGCCGCAAAUUCGAUACAACUGCAAAAUUCUAUUCCUAGCGUGGAAAAUACAAUAGCAGACACGCAAACGAAUGACCAGGCUGUCGAAAUCAGCUCUGCCCAACAGCAAGCUGUUUGUCCAACGCCACCGCUUACUCAACAGCCACUGGUGAGUCAAUCGCAAUCGCAAUCGCUCAGUUGCUCGCAAUCUCCGGUACCGCAAAUGACCGCGGUGGGACAAUCGCAAAUGAUAUCACCAGCUCCGACGAGUCAAGCUCAGGUGAGCCAGGCACCCGUCGUGCCAUCCCAAAUUCUACCGGCCGCCCAGCAGCAACAAAUAAUUCCUCCAACGUCGUCGACGAUGAGUCCACCUCAGCAAAUGCAGCUGACACCCGUUAGUCAGUCCCCGGUAACACAGUCUCAGACAGCAGUAUUAGGACAUUCCCCACAACCCGCCUUGCAAUCUCAAACACAAUCUCAGCCGCAGACGCAUACGUCGCAAACGCCCCAAGUAAAUGUGCUGUCUCAGAGUAACAGCGCGGUUACUUCCCCGUUACAGCAUCAGACACCGAGCCAACCUCAAACACCCGAUCAGUCGACUCAAGCCCAACCAUCAAAUACGAUUUCCAGCCAAACGACGCAAAUGCAAAGUCAGCUUCCCAAUCAGUCGACGCAGGUGCAAAAUCAAAUUCCGAACCAAUCGUCUCAGGUUCAAUCAUCGAACGAGAUAGCAAAUCAAUCGUCGCAAGUACAGCCAAGCCAGGUGCCCAAUCAAUCCACGCAAUUGCAGAGCCAAAUUCCUGAUCAGUCAACGCAAGCGCAAAACCAGGUACCGAAUCAGUCGACGCAAGUACAAAAUCAAGUGGUGACGAAUCAAGUGCAAGCUCAAGUAACUCAAGCGCAGAGUCCAGCGAGUAGCGUAGCCCCGACAAUAAUUGCCGGGGCGACGCAACAAGCGCCGCAGCAAGUUCCUGCCGUUGGGCAAACUACUGGCAUGCCGCCCAUGCAUAAUGCCAAUAUAGCUGGGGUAACGAUGCCGAGUUCCCAAGCCAAUAUUCCAGCCGGCCAAACACCUUUCGGGGAAUACACGAAUAUUCCAAAAACCAACACUAUGUACUCGAACGACAUGGUGGUGGGAUCUCAGCAACAAACACCGCAGCCGUAUCAUGCCGCGAGUGAUAAUAAUGCCGUGGUAAACAGCACGGGUAUAACAAAUAUAAAUUAUAUGUCAACGACCGCGACACCAACCUCUAUCACGCCCGGAUUCACGAACUCCUUAGCUCCGGUAACUCAUCAUCAGGAACGAGCUGCCCUUCAGCAGCAGUUGCAGGAAUUGUAUUGCAUGCCGGCGGCACCUGAAGUACAAGAAAAAAUUGUCGCCUUGCAAGAGAAGCUGCAGGCUCUCCAGCAGCACGAAACGGGCGAACAGUGUAACGGAGGAUCCCAGUGCAUUCUCCAGACUCCUCUGUUUAAUGCACCGGCUGUCGUGGAUAGUCCUCAAGUUUCGAGUACGACUGGCCGAGGCCGAAGCAAGGGAACGUCACGAGCAAAAAAGAGCAGGAAGAAGGCGGACAAGGAAGUCGUGGCUCCUGUCGUGACGCAACCAACGAUCCAGCCCGAGCAACCGGUAUCCGAUAAUCUAGUCACCCCUGGAGACAGCAGCAAUAUUGUCGACAGUGCUGCUGAUUCGGUGGAAGACAUGAAACCGACGUCUGGUGGCGAUGUAGAGGAAGAAUGGCCUACUAAAACCAAGAAAGCAAGACCGCCGAGGAAACCACGUAAGCCGAAGGAACCGAAGGAGCCUAAAGAGCCGAAGCCUAAAAAGGAGAAGGAGCCAAAAGCACCGAAGGAGCCAAAAGCUCCAAAGGAACCAAAGCCGAAAAAGAAGAAGGAUGGCAAAGAAACGACACCCAAACGUAGUAGAAAGAAAGUUAAGUCAGAGUCGGGAGACGAAGAAGCCAAGUGUGAGAACGAAGAGGUCGCCGUUUCUGAUUCUACUGCGAUUAAAGAUUCCGAAGCCAAAUCAACCAAUGUAACUAUGGACGACGAUAACGAACAAGUAGAUUCAUCGACUACCGAACCUAUAGUGUCAGAAUCCAAACAAGGAGGGGAUGAUAAGUCAGAAUCUGAGAAAACGGGUGGCGAUGAAGAAAAGAAGGAUAGCCAAGAUGGUCAAGUGACAGAUACUCCUACCCCUGCGAAAAAGAAAACCCCCAGUCGUAAAAGGCCUAGUAAAGGCUCCAGUUCAAAAUCACCAAGGAGCUCGAAAAAACGGAAAAGUCGUAUAGCUCCGGAUUCAGAUGGUGAAGAAUUAGCGGCAACACCGCCACCAUCACCCGAAGCCGAUGACAACAAAAGACGAUCAGCUAGAAAUACUCAUCGUAAAAAGUACGUCGAUGACGUAAUGCUUCGAUUUUCCGACGAUGAACUACCUAACCAAGAUGUACAGGGCAAGAAGACUGAUGGUAAUGGUGCUACCAAGCCUGUGUCUGAUAAAAAGACAAGUGAAGGCGGUGAUGUUGGUCCGAACAAACCAAACUUUGUAUAUAUUAAUACUACUGAUGAGGACUCGAUGGUUGUUCAACAUAUUUUAUGUUCGCGUAUGGGAAAAAGAGAAGUUAAGCCUGAACCUUCGGCUCCAGAAAUCAAGCCGGAACUGCCUGCUGCCAUAGACAAGACUGAUGAAACUAAAUCUGAUACGGAAAAACUUGACGAAACAAAGGAAACAGAAAGCAGUGAUUUGAAAGAAAAAUGUAAGGACGAAUCCAUCUCAGACACGGAGAAAGAAACUCUUGACGAAGAAGAUUGUAAAAAAGAGGAGUCUGAAAAGAUUGAAGAUAAGUUAGAACAUGACGGAAAGGAAGAAAAGGAAAUUGAAAAUUUGAAAGAAGAAGAAGCAUCGGCGGAAGAGACAAUGGAAGAUGAUAACAAAAAAGAAAGUGUCGAAUUGAAAGAAGUUGACAAAAAUGUUAAGGAAGAAGAACAGGACGAGGACAAUGAGGAACAACCUAAAAAUAGUGAGAAUAAAAUAAAAGAAGAUGGUGAAAUGAAAGAACAAAUUGCAGGAAAGCCUUUGAGUGAAACAGAGCACAGUGAAAUUUCGAAAGUAGAAUCAACGGUCCCAUUGGAUGGAAAGCCACAAAUUGUUGAAGUUGAAGAGUAUUUUGUUAAAUAUAGAAAUUUUUCGUACCUGCAUUGCGAAUGGAGGACAGAGGAAGAAUUGUAUAAGGGUGAUAAGAGGAUACAAGCAAAAUUAAAGAGGUUUAAACAGAAAAUGCAACAAAGUACAAAUAUAUUUGAAAAUACCGAGGAUGAUCCAUUCAAUCCAGAUUUUGUUGAAGUAGACAGAGUACUCGAUGAAGCCACUCACACUGAUCCAACGUCUGGUGAAACUGUAAGACAUUUUUUGGUAAAAUGGCGUUCUUUGCAGUACGAAGAUUCUACAUGGGAAUUAGAAGAAGAUGUUGAUCCAGAAAAAAUAGCACUUUUUCAUAAAUUUAAUAAGUUGCCGCCUAAAGAUCAAUGGAAACCUAAAAAGAAACCAGUUGCAUCACAGUGGGUUAAGUUGGAAGAAUCACCAGUUUAUAAAAGUGGAAAUAGCUUAAGACCGUAUCAGUUGGAAGGUCUAAAUUGGCUUCUUUUUUCUUGGUACAAUGGACAUAAUUGUAUAUUAGCAGACGAAAUGGGUCUAGGCAAAACAAUUCAAUCUUUAACUUUUGUAAACGAAGUAUACAAGUAUGGUAUUCGUGGACCAUUUUUGAUCAUUGCACCAUUGUCGACAAUUCCUAAUUGGCAAAGAGAAUUUGAAGGAUGGACAGAUAUGAAUGUCAUCGUUUAUCAUGGAUCAGCUGCAAGUCGAACAAUGAUAUCCGAAUAUGAAGUAUAUUAUAAAAAUGAAAAAAAUGUACAAAUAAAAGAUCUUAUAAAAUUUAAUGUACUUAUAACGACUUUUGAAAUUAUUAUCACCGACUUCAAUGAGCUAAAGGGUUAUAAUUGGAGACUAUGUGUUAUAGAUGAAGCACAUAGAUUAAAAAAUCGAAAUUGCAAAUUACUCGAAGGUCUCAGACAAUUGAACUUAGAGCACAGAGUUCUUUUAUCUGGUACUCCUUUGCAAAAUAAUGUAAACGAAUUGUUUUCGUUACUAAACUUCCUUGAACCAACUCAGUUUGCUAGCAGUGAAGCGUUCUUAAAGGAAUUUGGUAAUUUAAGUAGUGAAGAUGAAGUUCAUAAAUUACAAAUUCUAUUAAAGCCAAUGAUGUUGCGAAGAUUAAAAGAGGAUGUUGAAAAGUCACUUGCACCCAAACAAGAAACAGUAGUCGAAGUGGAAUUGACGAAUAUUCAGAAGAAAUAUUAUCGUGGUAUUUUAGAAAGGAACUUUUCGUUUCUUGCUAAAGGCACUACCUCUGCCAAUAUUCCUAAUUUAAUGAAUACCAUGAUGGAAUUACGAAAAUGUUGCAUUCAUCCAUUUUUACUUAAUGGAGCAGAAGAUCAAAUUCAGCUUGAUUAUAAACAUGAAAAAGAAGAUUCGGAGGCUUAUUAUCAAGCGUUGGUGAACAGUUCGGGUAAAAUGGUUCUUAUUGACAAACUUCUGCCAAAAUUAAAAGCCAGCGGCCAUAGAGUUUUAAUAUUCAGUCAGAUGGUCAGGUGUUUAGAUCUUCUUGAAGAUUAUUUAGUUUAUCGAAAAUAUCCUUAUGAACGAAUAGAUGGAAGAAUUAGAGGCAAUUUAAGGCAAGCGGCUAUAGAUCGAUAUAGUAAACCAGAUUCUGACAGAUUUGUUUUCCUUCUAUGUACAAAGGCUGGUGGCUUAGGGAUUAAUCUUACGGCAGCUGACACUGUUAUUAUUUAUGACAGUGAUUGGAAUCCUCAAAAUGAUUUACAAGCACAAGCACGAUGUCACAGAAUAGGACAACAAAAAAUGGUUAAAGUUUACAGAUUAUUGUGUCGUAAUACGUAUGAAAGAGAAAUGUUCGAUAAGGCUUCCUUAAAAUUGGGAUUGGAUAAAGCAAUUUUACAAUCAAUGAAUACGAGUCAAGGUGGUAAAGAUCCAGGCAACAAACAAUUAACUAAAAAGGAAAUUGAAGAUUUGCUUAAAAAAGGCGCUUACGGAGCAAUCAUGGAUGAUGAUAAUGCUGGUGACAAAUUUUGCGAAGAAGAUAUUGAUUUGAUUUUAGCCAGAAGAACACAGAUUAUUACAAUCGAAGCAGAAAAAGGAUCUACUUUCUCAAAAGCCAGCUUUGCAUGCUCAUCGAAUAGAUCAGACAUUAACAUUGAUGAUCCAGACUUUUGGAAGAAAUGGGCAAAGAAAGCUGAAAUUGAUACAACUGAGAAGAAAGAGGAAGAAGACUUGGUUAUUUCUGAACCCAGACGAAGAACUCAAAUUAAACGUUAUGGUCAUGACGAAUCAGUGGUCGAUAUGUCUGAACUCGAUAGCUCCGAUGACAGCGAUGAUGAAACGGGCGGUAGUUUAACAGGUAGAGGGAAAAAACGAAGCCGAGAUAAGUUUAAUAAAAAAUCACGCAAAUUUUACGACGAAUAUGUGCCUCGUGAAGGUGAAGUGGUUUAUGGCAAUUGGGCUCGAAGUGAAUGCUUCAAAGUUGAACGAGGAUUAUUGACCUUUGGAUGGGGACGGUGGGAGGAAAUUUUACAACACAGUCAAUUUCGACGAGGUUGGCGCGAAGUUGACAUUGAAGAUUGUGCUCGAGUUAUACUUCUCUAUUGCCUCAGAUAUUAUCGAGGUGAUGAAAAGAUUCGGAAUUUUAUAUGGGACCUAAUUACUCCAUUAGAGAACGGAGAGAAAGUUAAAACGAUACCCGUAAAUCAAGCAAGUAGUAGUAAUAGAAACAGCAGGCAAAAGAAGAAAAGUAGAGUUCGAGAAACGAGAGGAUCGACUACGGUUAACAAUAAUGGACCAAGUGAUCCGAACCAUUGGAGUCAUGCGGAGAAGUAUGACGGGGACAUAUUCCUCGAGAGCAAUUACAAAAAGCAUUUAAGCCGACAUGCCAAUAAAGUUUUGCUGCGAGUCAGAAUGCUGUAUUAUAUAAAACAUGAGAUUAUUGGGGAUUUGGUGCAGCACAUUAACGACGGCGUCCACGUUAGUGCGUUGCGGAUAAACCUUCCACAAUUGCCAGAGAAGCCAGUGAAGUGGUGGGAUUCUACAGCCGACAAAUCCUUAAUUGUGGGCUGCUACAAGCACGGCUAUGAAAAUUUCGACCAGAUGAGGAACGACCCCACGCUUUCUUUCAUUACAAGCUGCCCUCUCCCUUCCCCGAACGACAAGCAAAAAGAUGACCCAAGUAUGGAUGUAAGUGAGAUUGAAGAGGGCGAAUCCUCGUGUAUGGGCAAAGACUCGGAGAAAUUUGGCUCAGUCGAUUCGCCAUCCGUAUCAACCAAAAGCGACGCUGCCGUACCUGAAGCUGGAGCUAGCGGCAGCCAUGAUGGUUUGGAAAUUAUCCCCGAGGAUGAAAAAACUUGGCCAUCCGUUGUUGACCUUAAUACACGUUUAAGACGCGUUAUUACAUCGUAUCAGCGAAACGUUAACAAAAAGGAGGAUAUUAAAACACCGACUUUGCCCAAUAAUGGAAAAGUGGGCCCAGACAUUAAAGUUGGAAAUCACCAGGGUACCACAACAAUGGAGCCACCUUUGAAUAUACAAAGUUGGGAUUUACAAAAGUUGGCCAUGUAUUUAUUGAAAAUGGAACGCAAAGAAAAAAUGGAACAGUUGGUUAAGGAGCGGGAAAGAACGCGUAUUGAAGAGCAAAAGGCUAAAUGGACGAAACGUGAAGAGAGCGAAUUUUUAAGAGUUGUCUCGACCUACGGCGUAAAUUAUGAUAGAAAGAAAGCUCAAUAUGAUUGGACGAAAUUUAAGAGUAUCGCCAGAUUUGAUAAGAAGAACGAUAAUGAUCUUACAGAAUACUACAUGUCGUUUAGAGCAAUGUGUAAAAAAGUAUGUAGUGCUAAAAUCAGCGAGGAAGAAGGUUCUGCUGAUAUUCCAAUCGAUCUUUUGAAUCCUAAUAAAGCCAGGCAAAUUUUGGAUCGCGUGGAUUUAUUAAGUAAAAUUAGAGAAGAAAUAUUAUCUCAUCCUCAUUUAGAAGAGCGACUCUGUUUGUGUCAACCGUCCGGAGAUACUCCAGAUUGGUGGCAACCAGGUAGACACGAUAAGGAACUGUUGCUCGGGGCUGCCAAGCAUGGACUUGGUCGAACUGAUAUCGCCAUUUUAAAUGAUCCCGAUUUUUCAUUUCAUAAGAUGUUGGGUAAAAGUAUCGGUCGCGACAAUCAGCUCAAUAAAAAUCUCGACAAAUCUGAAAAGGCAAUUAAAAUUGAGAAUAGGGAGGAUAUUUUGAAAUUUGAUAAGGAUGAAAUUUUAGUGAAAUUAGAAAAAGGCGAGGGUACGCUAAAAAUUGAAAAGGUUGGCAUUAAAAAAGAUAUAGCGCUAAUGGGAGAUAAAAAGCUCGAUACCGGAAAAAGUCAAGUGGAAUUGACUAUUGUUAAAUCAGAAAAUAAAAUCGAAGAAACGCAAAUUACUGCAGGAGGACUUACAAUCACUACCGUUACUAAAGCCGUGUCUCCAGAAAAGGAUGUCGAAUCAUCGAAAAAAGAAGUUGACGAACUCACGAUUAUUGGAAUAGAAAAGGAAAAGCCUCUGGAGGAAAAAGUGGAAGACAAACUUAUUAUCGAUAAAGGCCAGUGUGAUCUAACGAUUGAAAAUAAAAUACCAACUACAGAGGAAGAGGUGGAGAAAACGGAUAAACAAGAAAGUGAAAUGAAGGAUAAAGAAGAACUGGAGGAUUGUAAGCCUUCUGUAAUUCAAAUUGAUGAAUCGGUGGAAUCCAAAGAAAAUGAAAAAACUAAUGAACAAGAGAAAGAUCAAACGGAUGUAAAAGAUCAAGAUCCUGUCGAAGAGGAGGGUAAAGAUAAGGAAGAAAAAGUAGAGAAAACGGAUAACGAAAUCAAGAAGGAUGAUAAGGAGCAGGAAUGUAAGGAUGAAUCGAAAUCCGAAACUCCAAAAGAAGAUAAGCAACAAUUGGACGAAGAGCUUGACAGUAAAAGAUCUAAUGAAUGUCCGAAAGCUGAACUAAUUAAAGAAGAAAAAAUCGAAGAUGAAAAAGAAAAGAUGAUCAAAAUAAAUAAAGAAAAAUUACCAUUAUCGAAAAUUGAAGAUAAAUGCAGUAUGCAAGCUGCCGAAUUGAAGGCAAUGUUCCCCGACUUGGAAGUUAUUCAACCAUUAUCACGAUUAACGCAAAUCGACACAUUUGUACUAAGAGAUAAAGGAGUUGAUUAUAACGAACCUACGGUUGCUCAGCUUUUAUCACAUAAUUAUCAGUCUGUCAAAUGGCCCAAGGAACAUGCCAUUGAGGCGCGAUUAAUGCACAUUGUACACGCAAUCGAGCACAAGGAGUGGCCUGUUUCAAUAAACUUUACCGCUGGCGAUGAAAUAGAGGCUACAGUUGAAAAGGAUCAAUCGGAAAUUAUAACCAUUACUACGGAUCACGGAAUACCACGUCCGAUUCCUACGAGCUUAACCAGCAACAAUAGCACCAAUAUUAAUAUCAAUAGCAUUAGCAGUGGCAACAACAGUACCACUACAACCACCCUAAGUAACAAUAUCAAUGUCAAUAACAUGAACAGCAACACUAACAAUUCAUCCGCUUUGAAAAAACGUAAAAGACAUAUUGCCAUUGACGUUGAAACUGAACGAGCCAAACUUCAUGCACUACUUAACAGUAGCCACAUGGCAUCGCAGCCACCACAACAGUUAAGUAAACCCGUUUUAUCAAGUGGUUCGACGUGGGAAGUGAAUGAAGACACGCAAUCUGACGAAUCCAGGCGUUCUACAACCACUCAGCCACCACCAGCUCAUCAGCAAGCAAGAGCACCGGCUAUACCUUUUGAUCUGAAAUAUACUGUGCCUGGAAAGCCGACUAUUAUUCCAGGAACAUCAAGUACUCUGACACCCAUAGAUCUGUCAUCUGGAUAUUCCACAAAGCCAAUAAUAGAUACGGUCAGUAAAGAUAUUAUGAACGAAGUACAAGACUUUUCUAUGCCAAAUAAGGCUAAACAAAUUAACAGUAAUAAAGGGAAGCUAGACAGUAUGUUGGACAAAUUUGUAAAAAGGAAAAAUAUUGCUGUAGAAGAACCGGUUAUGGGAAAAGAGAAAAAGAGACGAAAGCUCGAUGAAAUUGUGCAAGGUCUGCAAAGAGAAAAGGAGCAGCAGAGCACUCAUUAUCCCGAACACAGUAAAAAGAAUACAAUCACGCCUAAUGUAACAGUGACACCUACUUCGGCACCUAUUGGCCUUCCGAAUCCACCUCCAACUUCACAGAAACCCUUCUCCAUAACAGUAACGUCAAUACCUUCUUCAAGAGCCUCUGGAAGUUCUUCUAAUCAAUUGCCACCUCCAUUAUUACAUUCGCACAAAGAUAGUUUUUCAGCUUUAUUGGCUCAGGCCGAACAACAGAAUCGAGAACUUGUUAAGAAACAGCAGCAGCAGCAUCAACAGCAGCAGCACCAACAGCAGCAGCAACAACAACAACAGCAGCAGCAGCAACAGCAGCAGCAGCAGCAGCAGCAGCAGCAGCAAGCUGCAUUUAAUGCUGCGCAUGCCUCUUCUUCUAGCCAUAGAAAGAGUUAUGAAUCGAUGAUUGCUGAAAUAAACAAAGUUGCUGAGUAUUCAUCAAAGAUCGGGGCUUAUUCGCAUGAGGCUAAAGUGAAUAAAUGGCUGGCGGAGCAGACUGCGCUUACGGAGCAAUUGAGUGCAGAAUAUCUUAAUGCGCCAAGAAGAAGGCGACCUCGCGUUGAUCCAUCACUACUCGACUGGAAGAAACUUACCGGUGAAGAAAAUGUGGCUGUAAUAAAUAGACUGACUGGGAAAAAGGUGACCGGAAGCAAGGCCCCUCAACUAAAACGACUAGGACAGUGGUUAAUGGAAAAUCCGAUGUUCGACGUCGAUCCCAAGUGGGCUGAAUUAGUAAAAGAACGUGGCAACUUACCGCACGAUUUGCAAAAACGAUUGCCCGGGCAGGAGAGGGGACGCGACAAGGGAAAAAGUCCGGGACGACCAAAUAUGAUGCCAAGCCCGAAUAGCCAACAGAACGUCAACCAAGCCAACAUUGCCGCAACGUCAAUGGCUUCCGGGCUCAACUUCCCAGCUCUCGGCAAUCUUAACAAUUCCCUGCUCUCAGGUCUAUCGCUUGGCAACUUCGAUCCAAAGAACAAUCCGCUGCUUAUGCCAUUCGGCGGUCUUCCUAAUCUCGGGGCUCUCGGUGGCCUCGGUAAUCUCGGCAACCUCGGUAACCUUGGUAAUCUCGGCAACAUGAGCCUCACGAAUUCACUGUUCGCGAAUCUUGCGGGCUUGGGUCUGCCCUCGCUCGCAGGAAUGGAAGCGCUCGGCGGGACGCCCACCACCAGCCAAGCCGAGACCAAUGUCGUCAGCUCAGCCAACACCCGCAACACCAACUCCACGAGCACCAGUAGUACAAGCAAGUCGCGCACAAAAAUGGAGCCGCCGACGAGCAAAUCCUCAGCACCGUCCACCUCGACGUCCUCGUCCAUGCCAACAACGACGCCCUUCCCCUUCUUCUUCCCGAACCCCGGUCUCCUCUAUACACCCCUCGGCCUCGGUGGACUCAAUCCAUUUUCCAUGCAACCGGGUGGCGUCUCCUCUGCCUACGAGAGCCUCGCCCAGUGCGGCCUCCUUAAUCCGGCGAGCGCCGGUGCGAGCACAUCGGCCGCGCCCUCGCGCAAGUCCACCGCUACCUCGGGCGGUUCUCGGCACUCCCGGGACCUCGCCGACGCCAUGAAGCGCAAGGACUCCGAUAAGAAGUCUAGGUACUCUCUUGACCCGUCACUGAGCCUUCAACAAUAUACGGACGCGGCACUUCAUGCUGCCGCAGCCGCGGCCGCGGCUUCCGAGGAGCGGCGGCGAACUGCGGCUGUCAACGCGGCUGCGGUGGCUGCGGCCGAGCGCGCCGAUGCCGAAAAAAAGGCUCCAGCCAUGGAGACGAUCGAACUUUCUGACAUCGCCGACCUCUCGGCUCGCAUCGAGCGUAAAACCAAGGAACAAGAAAUGAAAGAGGCUUUGGAGCAACUGAGCAAGACCAGCGCCGAACUUUUCACAAGGAACUUCGAGAGCCUCCAGCAGGUCACGGCCAAACGAGUUCGUACCCCCGAGCGUCACGCCCCGGAAGCCCACUCGACUCCCUCCCUCGAAGUCACCCUCGAACCCAUAAUGAAAAAACCGCGCAUGGAGCUAAAGGACCACAGGGGGGACUCCGACACCGGCUGCUCGCUGUCGGCCCGUGAUAACGGCCCUCUACCCCCGCCCCCGCACCGUCCCCCAUCCCGACCACCGUCCCGACCGCCUUCCUCUCACCGCGAAGCCGCGAGCAUUGUCCCCUCCUACCCGUCCCGCUCGCCCACACCCAAAAUCGCGGCCACGAUCGAGCCCGUGCCCUUGCCCCUCUCCCUGACCCUGCCCCUGCCCCUGACCGUGCCAGUGCCAGAGUUGCUCGAGGCGAUGGCCAGACCCACUCCUACGCCGACUCCGACUCCGACCCCGAACCCGACCUCGAGCCUGACCUCGAGUCUGACCUCGACCCCGAGCCUCGCCGUCACCGGUCCUCUGUCAACGCUUGCACUCGCUCCAACGGGCGCGCCCCUCUCGCCGCUGCCUCUCACCGCCCUCGCGACCACGAUCACGGCGGCGGCGGCGGCGGCAGCAGCGGCUGUGGCGUCAAUGACAAUGACAACUACGACGACGACGAUGACGACGACAACGACCAUGACGACGAGCCAAUCCAUAACGUCGCCGUCGGUUUCGCCGGGACCGGCGUUCGCCUCACCAUCCGCACCCUCGACACCACAGAAACUGUCGAGCAGCCCCGAAGCCAGCCCCUCGCGCGACUCGCUCUGCAACAGUAAUAAGGAAUCAAGCGAGUCCAUUAGCUUCCAGCAGCCACCGAUCGACGAGCCACAGCUCUCACCCGAUAUAGCACUCGGGGGUGGUGCUGGUAUUGGUGUCGGUGUUGGGGGUGGCGGUGGCGGUGGCGAUGGCGGUAACAAGUCCGUCGAGAGUCCUACAAAGGGCGGCCUUGGUAUCGCGGAGUCGGAAUUCGAGGACGGCAAGGGGGCUAAGAGCAAGAAGGCGAGGAGUGCCAAACGCCUGAACCCCGAGCCUCCGGUCGAGCGAAAGAACUUGCGCUCGAGUGCCGGCAGGCAGGCAAGAGCGGCCGCGGAGAGACAAGCUCGGAGCUUGAUCGAGGGUGAGCAACAGCAGCAGCUACAGCAGCAGCUUCAACAGCAGCUACAACAGCAAGCCGAUCAAAAUGAAUUUCACUUGAAUCAACGAAUCAAUGUUUAUUAA